GGUGGAAGGAAGGAGGAGAGUGUCGACUCUGAUCGCUUCGUUAAUCUGUAGCUCUGUCAUUGAAAUUUGCCCAUACCAGUAGUGGAGUGACGCACCUCAGAUGCACGAAGAAAAUACAACUCUAAGAAGGAUGAAACUCUUCGAUUCGUAUAUCCUGCACACAACUCUCGAAGCUUAUGUGCUCCAGGCUGGCAACGAAAACGAGAGCCUCCUCAUUGACAGGAUUACCGGCGAGGUCAAGCCGAUUCCUGACCCGCAGAAAGUUCUGCAAAACGUAAAACAGUCCAAGCAUGUUUUCGGCGCCGUUGGUACUAUACAGCUGCUCGAUUCGGCGCAUCUGCUGGUCAUAACGAGUCGUACUAGAAUAGGUUCUAAACCCGUCUACCGCAUCGAUGGCUGGGAAAUGUUUCCCCUGGCCCGGAGCGAUGCCCACCUCACAGAAGAGCAGAAGAUUAAUAACUCCACGUACAAGCAGAUUGUCAUGCAGGUGCUCAACACUCCAUAUUUCUACUACUCAACUCAAUUAGACAUCACACACUCGUUGCAAAGGCUGAAUCGAACGAGCUCGUCGUUCCCUCAAAUGGCUUUCUUCUCCCGCGCCGACUCGAGAUUCGUGUGGAAUCAAAGCCUCGUUGAUAACUCCUGGUCAUCUGAUAAUCGCGCUCUACAGUUUCUUAUACCAGUGAUGCACGGUUUUUAUGCUUCAGAAAAGGUGCGCCUGGCCAAUGGGAAGAGCUUCGAGUGGACUAUCAUAUCUCGUCGUAGUGUCCAGAGAGCAGGAACCCGCUUCAACAUGAGAGGUGCUGAUUCGGAAGGAAAUGUUGCCAACUUCGUAGAGACUGAAAUGAUUGUCGAAACGGCCAAGGAGAAAAGCUCGUUCGUACAAACUAGGGGCUCGAUCCCCCUGUUAUGGGAGCAAGUACCUGAUCUCAGAUACAAACCGCCUCCAACUCUUGUCUCCGGCAAACAGGAAGAAGUUGUAAAGAAACAUUUCGAGCAGCAGAUAGUUACCUAUGGCAAGCAGGUCAUGAUCAAUCUGAUUGAUCAGAAAGGACCCGAGCACGCUUUAGGAAUGGAAUUGGCGCGAUGCCUGCAAGCGAUUUCCAAUCCCCAAGUUCGCUAUGAGCCCUUUGACUUCCAUAAAGAGUGCAAAGGGAUGCGAUACGACCGUUUGCAAGUGCUUAUCGAUAGAGUGGCGAGCGCUCAAGACGCCUACGGUUUCUAUUUCGAGAAAGAUUCCGCAGUGAAAUGCUAUCAGCUAGGAGUCUUCCGUACCAACUGCAUCGACUGUCUCGAUCGUACGAACGUUGUGCAGUCCUUAUUGGCGAAGCGCAGCUUGCGAACUCAACUCCUAGCGCAUGAUGUGAUCUCGAGCGUCUCCGAGCUCGACAACGACCCGGGCCUCGAAGCUGUCUUCCGGAACGUCUGGGCCGACAAUGGAGACGCUUGCUCGCUGCAGUACGCGGGCACCGGGGCUCUGAAGUCCGACUACACCAGAACGGGCAAGCGCUCAAUAGUGGGAGCGCUGUGGGAUGGAUGGAACUCAUCAAUUCGCUAUUACAAGAAUAAUUUCAGCGACGGUCAACGUCAGGAUGGUAUCGAUCUCCUCCUCGGCAAUUGUCGCAUGGGGUUGAAGGAUCCGUGCGCCAAUCAACUCCCACCCGAUGUGUUCUUAGCCCCCUUAGUACUACUCGUGUUAUUGGUACUGCUGCUCCUGCUCCUACUGAUGGGAGAGAAAGACCGCUCGCUGUUCUUCGUUCUCUUGCUCUGGAUCCCGUCGGUGUCGUUCAUCGCACUGAAAAUCCGUAGCAAUCGUAUGCAGUAUAUCGAUAGGCCGCGUUUGAAAAGACAUGGUUCCUUUCGUCCAUAACGGAAUCGAUGACGAGGACGAGCUCUUGAUGGUUCGGGUGGUUUAGCCGUCUCGUCCGCCGCAAGAAUCACGACAGCUACGGGGUAGCCAAUGAGUGAGGACUAGAACGGAUAUAGCCGCCUCGGAGUGUACAGUCAGCGUAUGUUGCCCCUUUUCUUAAAAAAAGUUAAAGUUUGCUACUUCGGCUACCUGAAGAGAUUAUUGUGCAAUGUAGAGAGGAGAAGGACACCGUGA